AUGGGAAGAAUUUCCCUCUUAGAAAAGAAGGCUCGCGAGUCUGAUCAGACUUUUCUUGAGGCUGAGAGGAUAGCUAGAGAAGCCCAGCUUGAGGCAACCAAUUGGAAAGAGCAGUUUAAAAAUGCUCAGAAAAAGAUAAAAGAAUUGCAAGAGAAUAACCGUGACCUGGAACAGCAAAAGCAAAUUCUGACUUCUGAAUUAGCGGGGGCCAAGGCUUCUUCUAGUAAAGCUGAGAAGGAUAAAGAGCGCCUUGAAUGUUCUUUUUCAGAAAAAUUAUCAAAGUCAAGCGAAGAGAUUAGAGAACUUAAGGUAUUGUUGAACAAGAAAGAGGAGUACGCGGGAGAGCUAGUUCAAAACUUGUCUCAGGCUCAGGCUGACUUGCAAAUUUCCUCUGAUAAGGUGAGCUGGGCCUUUCUAAACUCCCGCCGUGAUGCCUUAACUGAAGCCAGUCAAGAAAACUUUGAUUUAGAAUCGGAAUUGGCCAAGGUUUUGAGAACCAUUGAAAUGACUCAACAACCACUUGACUUUCCUUUCUCCAGCAGAUGA